AUGAACCAUAGGCGAACAGACAGUGGUGAUGAUAUUCCUGAUCCCAUAGAACAAACAGAACACCAUGAGCCCGUGGUUUUAAAGCUUCAAGGGUUUUUCACAUUGACAUUGUCCCAGCUAAAAUACUUUACAUUUGUCAUUAUAGGUAUUGCAAUCCUAUGGCCGUGGAACUGUUUCCUUUCGGCCUCGGCCUAUUAUGGACUUAGAUUCGUCGGCUCGCCUUCCUUGUCAAAAGUGUAUAGUUCAACCAUGAUGUCAGUUUCCACCAUCACAUCAACAUUGUACAACUACUACCUUUCUCAAAAACAAUCGGGUGCUGAUUACAAGAAAAGAGUGCAUGUGGGGUUUAACAUGACCAUAGUUAUUUUUGCCUUUAUGGCUAUAACAUGUAUUGUGCAGUUGUUUCUCGAUAUGAACGAUACUGUAUUCUUUCUCUUGCUAAUGCUUAUGGUGUUGACAUCAGCUGCUGCGACCUGUUUGGCUCAAAAUGGUACUAUGGCUAUAGUAAAUGUCAUGGGAGAGAUAUAUGCCAAUGCCGUCAUGGUGGGUCAAGCUGUUGCAGGUGUUUUGCCGUCUUGUGCAUUAAUUAUAUCGAUUUUGUUAGUAGGGGACAAGCCAUCGAAGCAAGAAAAAAUCGAAAAGGAUUAUGGCGUAUUUGUUUACUACAUCACUGCAAGUUUGGUUUGUAUAUUAUCUAUCGCAUUACUAUACUGGGUUGAACGUCAUAAACCAAACGCGGCAUAUCAGAAGGUGAACCGCUCGAUGGAGAUGGGAGAAGAAACUUCAUUGCAGCUAGACGAUUCUGAUGACAUUGAAGAUGUUCCUACUCAAAAGCAGUUUAUUCCGUUUGCUCAAUUGUGGAGUAAAUUGAAGUUAGUGGUGAUGACCAUCUUCUUCACAUUUGGCAUCACAUUGGUAUUUCCUGUAUUUGCAUCUGUUGUCGAAUCAACAAAUAAUAAGCUGGAGUCCAGGUUCUUUAACAAACAGAUUUAUAUUCCCUUUGUUUACUUGAUGUGGAACUUGGGUGAUUUGAUGGGGAGAUUAAUGUGCGGGUAUCCCAAAUUGCGCAUGCUAAUAACCAGUCCAAAAACAAUGUUUACAUACUCGCUAGCUAGAUUAGCAUUUAUUCCUUUGUUCAUGACUUGUAACAUACAUCCUGGUGGUUCUCAACCUUUGAUUCAAUCUGAUUUUUGGUACAUUUUAUUACAGACCUUGUUCGGAAUUUCAAAUGGACAGUUAUGUACUUCUGCUUUUAUGGUUGUUGGUAAACUAUGCGAUUCAGAUGACGAGAAAGAGGCAGCUGGUGGAUUCACCACUGUGUUCUUAAGUGUUGGGUUAGCUGUUGGUAGCGUUUUUAGCUAUUUGAUUGUGUUAAUGGUGGGCUGA